UGAUUGUGCGCCGACAUCGGCGCUCCAUCCAAUAAGCGAACUCUCCUCACCUCAGCCAAUGGACUUGCGUCAUGAAGAUGAGGAAUGCCGUUGCGGAUGAUCUACAUCAUCAACGUAAAGAUGUAGAUUCUGCCCGAGAUAUGUACUGUGCUGCACUGUGGGAUACUUGGAAAAGAAGCCAGUACUCCUCAGGUAAAGAUGUACAGUGUGGCUCUCGUGGAGAACGUCAUCGAGAUGCGCAUAACCAAGCGCUCGCCAUUCAACUACGGCCUUCUGAGCCGUAAACGACUAUCCCAAUGGGGUAAGCUUGCUUCCGGAUCUGAAGACGUAAGGCAAGCAUUGAAAUGCAACCUCAUGGACGAGGUGGUAGGCAGCCGUCCAAAGUUAAGAGCAACGAAUUCCAGAGGUUUAUGAUCGUGACUCUGACUGUUGGCCACAUUCUCAGCUUUCAGACUCGUCUGACGUCCUCGUAGCCAGGUACUGUGACUUUCCUUUGCAAGCAGCAAAACUAUUGACCUAGCGACAACGCGUUAAAUUCUGCUCUGACCCUACAGCUUGUGCGGCUCUCAGAUUGUAAAGACAUGAAAUGUUUCUCCUUGCUUUACCUUGCAAUUCCUGUCGUGCACGGGCUUCCGCGCGUACAAACGCCCUUAGGUUACCCGACGUCACGGGAAUUUCCGUUCGACCAGUCUUUUGACAAGAUCGCCGAAAAGGCUCUAAAAGACUACCAAGUUCCAGGCUUCUCGGUUUCCAUUGUUGACUGUCAAGACACGCAUGCCAAGGGCUAUGGCAUAGCCCGCUUUCCGUCCACGAAGGCCACCGCCGACACGCUGUACUUCACAGCAUCAACCACCAAGUCCUUCACUGCCGCAUCUAUCUUGAAACUCAUCGAAGAGUACGAGAAAACACCGUAUCAGCUUUCACUGCGGACCAAGAUCAUUGACAUCGUUCCCUGGAAACUGCAGGACGACUACGUGACGACACACGCCACUCUUGAAGAUGCACUCUCGCACCGCACAGGGCUACCCCGCCAUGACAUGAGUUACGGCGGGCCAAACUUCACCAUCGAUGACCUGCUCAGGUCGCUCCCACACCUGCCUCUGACAAGAGAGAUCAGGCAGGAGUUUCAGUACUGCAACAUCAUGUUCGUCAUCCUAACCAGGGUCAUCGAGAAGCUGUCCGGCACGAGCAUCGCCCAGUUCUUCAAGAACAACAUCUGGCAGCCCCUGGGCAUGAAUAACACGUUCAUGAACGUCGAGGAGGCCAAGAUGACGGGCCUGCUCGCCGAUGGCCACUGGUUCAACAACGACACGGGAAGCUUCGACGUGUACCCAACCAUCGACCCGCUCUUCGUCGCCGGCGCCGGUGGUGCGAUCUCGUCGGUGACCGACUACGCCAAGUAUCUACGCGCCAUGCUCAACGAUGAUCUGUCGAUCCUCAGUGCUGCAUCGUACAGGGAGCUUCGAACCGGCCGCAUCGUCACGCCUUCGCUACCACUGGGCAUGGACCAAGGUCCCGCGGCGUACAGUCUCGGCUGGUUCGUCAGCGUGUACGAAGGCUACGAGCUGAUCCAGCACACGGGCGGCGUGCCCGGGUUCGCGACGCUGAUGCUGUACGUGCCGGAGCUGGACUGGGCCGUCAGCGUGAUGGCCAACGCGGCGGAGGGAGGCUCCGUCCUCCUCUUCCGCAUCGGCCUCGAGCUGCUGGGCCGCAGGAUCAAGCUGAGGCACGUGCCAGAUGUGGACGGGCUGUGGAGAAACGCGUCGCGGAUCCGCCUCGACAUCAUGAAGAACCUGCGCGCCGUCGCCUUUCCGGACGCCCCGCCCCCAGACCGCGCCGUCAGGCAUGCCUUGCCGCUAGCCGCGUACACGGGCGUCUACCAGCACCCGGCCUACCAGCGCAUCAACAUCACGCUCGCGCCCGCGCCCACGUACGUCGGCGUGCCUGUCCCCUCGACGGGCGACGACGGUCGGAUCCUGCACGCGGACGUCCAGAACAGGACGUGGCCGCACGUGUUGGACUUUGAGCACGUCAACGCGGAGCACUUCCUCGUGCGCACGCACUACCUGAAGGACGCCAAGAACUUCGACCUCGAGACGGAGGCCAUGCGCGCCGAGUUCGAGGUCGGAAGCGACAGCACAGUCUCGAGGAUGGGCCUCGGCUACGAAGCUAUGAUGGGAAAGGACCUGAUUUGGUUCGAACGAGUAUGAUCCCGCAAAGAAAAAC